CCUGUACAUCAUGCCCUUUUCUCUGUGCAACUUUCUCGAAGAGGUCGUUAGGGCAGCUAGUAUCUUCGAUGACCUCCCCACCUCCUUCCAACCACAGCCCUCUACUUCCUCGAAUAGCGGCGCCACCUUCGAUCUGCCUCACUGCGACGUCAGGUCGUUCAGAAGCCGGCUUGCUCAACGUAGCAUCAGCUCGGAUGCUAGUGAGAGACUUCACAAUCUAUACUACAGAGGCUUGCAGCAGUUUCGAGCCGAAUACGUUGAGAAAACCGCUAAAUUGCUUCAGGCUCUGCCAAAACAACAUGAGCAGAGCAGCGCAGCAAAUAUAGAGGUCGCUCUGACGAGAGUGUAUCUCAACAAUGUCGCAAAUUUACAGAGAGCAAUACUGGUGGAAGUUGACACCGCCAUCGCUCGCUUCCACGCCGAUGCCGAAGCAUCAGCACAAAGCGAGGGCGAGUCGUCGUCGUCGUCGUCCGAGGAUGGCUUGAAUGUCUCAAGAGGGCUUCCGCCACUGGCAACCAAGAUGUUCGAAGCAGUCUACGCACGCACCGACAAGAUCACACAGGCCGAAAGGGAUCGUUUAUCUGAAGCCAGCGGCGUGCCACCGAGAUCAGUGACCAUUUGGUUUCAAAAUAGGAGAAAUCGGCCACGAAGAACGACGAAGGUCAAGACUGAGGCUCAGGCGGAGGACAUCAGCCUGCGGGCUACGCCUCUGCUUCCCUCUAGCCCAGUCGCAACGUCACCUCCGCUGGUGGGCCGAAAGCGAAAGGCGGGCCUGUACGACGAUGAAGUAGGCGUCAGGAUGCCUUCGGACGACCCGCGACAGCGCCGGAGACUCUCCAUCUCGACCGACUUGUCUUUAUCGCCGCCUCGGCAUCACUCCGGCAGCUCGUCUUCGUCGUCGUCGAUGACAGCCUCGUCCAAUGACAGCCUGUACUCUUGGAGCCAAGAGGCUGCCGAGCGCUUGCGCAACGUCAGCUGGGACACCAACUUCAGCUCUACGUACGACGAUCGGACAACAGAAGACGAUGUAUCAGAACAAAAGAAGGGCGAAGAGAAGGACAAGGGGAAGGGUACCAGCUUGAUCGACUCGCCAGUCCUGUCAGAGGUCGAGAUGCCGAUGCUGUUCGACAGCCGAGGUAAUGUUCAGCUCGGCUUUGCCGACUUGCAGCUGGAUCUGGGCUACCUCAAAGAACGACUUAGUGGAGCAGCAGGGCCCUCAUUCACAAUAGCUCAGCCAGGUGGACUCUCUCCCGAUGACGCUGAAUCAGAACCCGCGAUGGGUACGAGCGAAACCUCCCAGCAGUCGUCGGCUUCCUCGUCGAGAUUGUCACCUACUAGCCCGCUUCUGAUGGCCACGCUCCUUAAUCAAGCGACCAUCAGCGUCCCAAACGAGCUCAGGCGGGCUAGCGUGAACGGAAAAUGGACAUUUGAUGCAAGCAAAAUGCUCGAGGGUGCCGGCGACGAGUGGUUCGUGAAGCUGGACGUUCCAACGCCGUCAACGUCGUCUUCCUCGCCCUCAUCGGUGGCUUCGCCGCAGACACCAAGCAGGGAUCUAUUCAACUUCGAUCUUGAAAGUCUGCAGAUGCACGACAUCGUCCAAGCCAACAUCAAGACAUACGACUGCACCUACAACGAAUCAACGCCGACUCCAACGCCUACGGCGCAUCAAUUCUGCGAUGCGGCAAAGGAGCCUUGCCAGCUCAGUGGGCUCAAGCCGGAGGAUGACGACAUCUCCAUGGAGAUCUCCUCUCAAUAGUUAUACAAAUGAGCCUGGUCUCUAACCUUCGGCUACCGGCAGGCGAAUCAAAUAACAACCAAGCAAGCAGUACCGACGACUUGAUAUUUCCAUCAAUCAUCUAUCAGGAUACCCUUUGCCCAAACCUCAAUGUCGAGUUCGAGACCGGCACCCAUUGUCUUGUCAUCACAGCCCUGUAGAUAGCACAGGCCGCCCUUCCACUUUCAAAUGGAAUCUAAGACUGUUGACCCUGC